AUGUCAUUUGGAGACUUUAAUAGAAUCUGUGAAACGGUUGCGUUAACUGUGUGUCCACUAGUAGGUGCUCCACAAGGCAUAGAGCCAACAUGUUAUUCGAGAAAUUUCGAUGUCGCUGGCACUUUGAUUUUUCAACCUGCCACAAUCAUCAUACAUGUUAUUGCCCUUAUCAUGACUACAAUCAUGAUAUAUCACAUUAAAUCAAAAUACACGGCUGUGGGGCGAAAGGAAAUUGUAAUGUUCUUUUAUAUGUAUAUGAUACUCACAUUUUUAGAAUUACUAUUAGUAUCUGGUAUCAUUCCGACAGCGUCGACAUUGUACCCUUACUUCACAGCUGCACAUGUUGGCCUGAUCACUGCUACUUUCUGGUGUUUAUUGCUUAAUGGUUUUGUUGGUUUUCAAUUGACAGAAGACGGUACUUCAACAUCACUAUGGUCCAUUCGUCUUUCCUCUCUUUUCGUCUUUGCUGCUGUGUUCUUCCUCGCAACAGCCACAUUCAAAGGCAUGGCCGCCUUCAAUCCUCUUCGUCCAGUAGCUCUCUGGAUCGUAUUAUACGUAUUCAAUGGGGCUGCACUCGCAAUCUACAUCGCAUGCCAAAUUGUGCUUGUACUAAACACGCUCGAUGAUCGCUGGCCACUCGGUGACAUUGCAUUCGGUAUCAGUUUCUAUGUUGUCGGACAACUAAUCUUGUACAUGUUCUCGGUGAAAAUUUGUGACACAGCCAAACACUAUAUUGACGGACUUUUCUUUGGCACUAUUUGCACCUUGUUGGCCGUGAUGAUGGUCUACAAGUAUUGGGACUCGAUCACGAAAGAGGAUCUCGAGUUCUCGGUUGGUAGUAAACAAAAUGUUUGGGAAGUUAAAGAUAUAGGUGAAGAUGACGGAUAUAGUAAACAACAGCAACAACAAAAUUAUGGUGGUUAUUAG